CUUCAUUAUAAGCCUGCAUUACAUUUGGUUAUACGGCAGGCAUGAGAUAGGUUGUCAUUAAACGGUUCCGCUUCAGGACUAUAGCACGAUAACAAAGUUCUACUUUCCCUUUUUUUUCUUUAAAACUUACACAAGAAAGUUUAAUUUUGACCGUACCGGCACUGUGUGUGCUGUGCUGGUCUUGACUCUAAUCUAGGUUAGAAAAAGAAUACAAGUUACUACUUGAAGUUAACCAACAGCUUUGUUGUCAGCUGUCUGAGCUAAGAUGGAACCAGCUAUCAUAGUACACGGCGGAGCUUGGGCGAUACCCCCGGAGUUCACGGAGAGGAGCUUGGCGGGGGUGAGGGCGGCCUCGCUCAAGGGCUACAGCGUGCUGAAGGCUGGGGGCAGCGCGGUGGAUGCCGUCGUUGCCGCCGUCACCGUCAUGGAAGACGACACCGUGUUCGAUGCUGGCCAUGGAGCUGUCCUCAACUUGAAGGGUGAUGUGGAGUUGGAUGCCAUUGUGAUAGAUGGCAGCACACUCAGCUCUGGUGCAGUGGCGGGUGUACAGGACAUGGCAAAUCCCGUGCAGUUAGCUCAUCUGGUUAUGGAGAAGACAGACCAUUGCCUUCUGGUAGGACUAGGAGCCAAUGCAUUUGCCGAGGAACAAAACAUUCCCAGACUCAACAAGUAUGAGCUCGUAACAGAUGAAGCAAGGGCUGAAUGGGAGAAAUACGUCAAGUUCUCUACAACAGUCAAUGCUUUGUUCUCAGCUAGACAAGAGACGAUGAAAUACCCUGGCUGUGAUACAGUUGGAGCAGUUGCAAUAGACAGUAAAGGAAACCUAGCUAGUGCCACCUCCACAGGGGGAAUAACUGCCAAACGUCCAGGGCGUGUGGGAGACACACCUAUUAUAGGAGCUGGUGCUUAUGCUGACAAUGAGAUAGGAGCAUCUUCAUCUACUGGGCACGGGGAAUCCAUCAUGAAAGUGAGUCUCACACGCAGAGUUGGAGAACUCAUAGAAAAAGGUUUGACAGCUGAGCAGGCAUCCCAGGCAGCAUUAGACUACAUGAAAACAAGAGUAGGGGGUGCUGGGGGUGUAGUCACCAUAGACAAGGCAGGCAGUGUAGCCCAUGCUUUCACCACCAGCAGAAUGGCCUGGUCUCAGGUCACUCAAGAAAAACUCUCCUAUGGAAUAGAUCCAGGAGUUGUGUUUAGUGACAGUCUGUGAGUGUGAAAGCACUGGAUUCAUUUAUUAAACAAGCCAAGAAUGUUUUGUAUUGUUCAAUUAUGCACUUACACAAAAGAAACGUCAAAAUCGUAACCACCAGUAUUAAAGUGCCUACACUUAGGGAUCACCCUUUUGAGUCUUCCUCAAAAAUUCUGAAAUUCAGACCUCCCCCCAUCCCCCAUAUGAUGUGGACGUCUGCAAAAAUGUAUUCCUUCUGAAAGCUGUCUUUCAAUAUAUUAUUUGAAAACAAUGUAUUGUUCAUGAAUACUCUGCAAUACUAAUAACUUAUACAGUGAUUUAUUCUUUUUGAUAAAGUGUUAUCAAAUAAUAUUAAAUGUAGAAUAUGGAGGAAUGUGUUUAGAAAAAUAUUUUGUUUAAAAAGUAUAAAAUUAAAUGGAAUAAAGAUCUAACUCUAUGAAAAGC